AUGAAGAAGACGCUCGACACAUUACUGGCGGAGUUGGAAGCAUGGCAGGGGCGAUUCGAUCCUUCUUGGUAUCUCAUCAUACUCAUCAGCAGAAGCGUGCUGGACCCGGUGCUUGUCGGGUCUUCCGAUACCCAAGGCUCAGAGUCGAACGCGAUGGCCGGGCCCUUAGACAACAUGCGUGCACUUCGCAGGGUCAUCGACGCUGAGAGCCCCGGCGCCGUUGUUCAGGAUUUAGGCAGGCUUGAUUUGGAUGUCGGCCAACUCACCAAUAUCCAUGAUACAAUGAUGAUACGCUACACAAGUGCGAAACUCAUGGUUGAAGCGCAGUCCGGCGCUCGUCUGGUUACGGAACCAGUCGACCUCUCCACAAUCAUCAACGCACAAAGCAUCCCUGACAUUGAAAGGCUUGCUAGACGGUUGCGGCACAUUGACCCCGACACGUUUGGUCUACUCAGAUGCGAGGGUUUAUUGAGGAGGGCGGACCCUCAGAGCGGGCGACUUAGGGCGCUCGAAGUUAUUUACCGCGCCCCCAACUUCGUGCACAAGAACAUCCGCCCAGAAAACAUCCUGAUCUUCCCCCCUCCCGACACACCCAACCCCAACCCCAACCCCAUCGGCACCGCCUACCUCGUCGGCCUAACACAAUUCCGGUCGCUCGCCCACCAGACCAACCUCCUCGGCGACUCGGCCUGGCACCGCAACCUGUACCGGCACCCGGCGCGCCAGGGCCUGCGCAUCCUGGACGGCUACGUCAUGCAGCAUGAUAUCUACUCGCUCGGGGUUUGUCUGCUUGAGAUUGGACUGUGGCGGCCGCUGGUUUGGUACCCGACUACGACAAUCAUGGAAACAGCGGUGGUAGAUGGGGAUGAGAUGCCCGGUUGUGGUGGUGGUGAUGCUGGUGAUGUCUCAACUGUUUCCGAGCCUGUCCCCGUGCCGGGACUCGCGCUCGCUUUGAGGAACGUGCUCACGGACAAGGUGUUUGAGCGGGCACAUGUCGGGGACAGGACGGGCUGGGUCAAGGAGGAUCUCGUGGGCAUGGCGAGAAGGAUGUUGCCUGCGAGGAUGGGGGAUAUGUACACGCGGGUGGUGGAGAGUUGUUUGACUUGUUUGGAUGAAGGGAAUGAGGCUUUUGGGAGCUUUCGGGAAGAGGAAGGGGGUGACGGCGUUGCGGUGGGUGUGAGGUUUAUAGAGAAGAUCUUGGCGCGAGUGUCGGAAAUCAGGAACAGCCCGGUGAAUCCGGGUCGUUGCCAGAACUGUACGGAUUUUGAUGUGCAAUGUAACUACUCGCGGCCAUCCAAGAGAGGGGCAAACCGUAACUCCUCGCACACCGGGGCCGCCGUUUCCCGGCCGCAGCCACCGAGCGUGCGACAACCGGUUGCAGAUUCGGCACCGCUCAGUCACGCCGACGCCGGCGAUCCAACCGGGGGCACGGGUAUUACGACCCCGCUUAUUCCACAUGAGUCAGGGCUGGACCAUUCAAGAUUCGAUCAGGGCGAAGAGGCCAGUUCUACAACCCAAGGAGGGUGGGCCGAGCCUCUUAGGCCAGCCUGGCAGGGCUUUGCGCGAACUGCCACCCCUGUCGUCCGAAGGUUGCUAUCUGUCUACCAUCAAACCGUCUACCCAAUCUUCCCGUUCUUUGAUCCCACCAGGCUCGAGCGCAGGCUCGAGGCCCUCGAACACUCCCGAAACCGUGCCUUCUUUUGCUCCAUCAUGGCAGCCAGUGCUCUUGCUUCAGCAAGGAUACGGGAUGGCGCGCUAACAUCAGCCCAGCAAGGUUUACUUUCAGCAGAUCCCGCAGCCAUGUCUCCAGAGAUGUUCUUCGCAGCGGCCGAAGAGGCUCUUCCGACUAGCAUCCUUCAGUGCCGUGACUUUGACUGUCUCCGCGGCUACGCGCUUUUGGCUUUAGCCAGCUUGCAAGACGCCAAGAUACGGACGAUGCAGAUGUAUAUUGGCCAUUAUUUCACCAUGCUUGCCAUCAAUCGGUGGCAUGACGAGUGGAACUGGCCAGAAGAUAUACAGUCCUCGGAGAAGGAGGAAUGGCGUAGACUGUAUUGGUCCAUGUACACGCUCGAUGUCUACUCGUCCAUUGUUUGGGACGGUUGCAUCCACUACCAAGAAAGCCAUGCGAGGGUGGAGUAUCCUUCAGGAAAAAGCGACACGGAUAACCUGGACGAGAAUGACGCAGCCCACUGGAUCACGGGUUGGAAUUUUACCACCGACCUCUACCGAAUCCUGGAACAUAAUCUUAGCAGAUUACGAUCUCGGUCUUCCAAGUUCAACCUCCUGGGCGAUGUGGCGAGUAGUGGCGUUUCACUGCCCCUAAUGAGCCAGGACCGCGUAGCUGAGCUUUACUCAGCUCUUCCGCCGGUGUUCAAGCAGCUUCAACCCGCCACUGGGGAUCCAGCAAAGGACAUCUACGGGUUCCAAGCCGCCAACAUACAAGCCACAAUGGCCCUCUUGCGAAUGGUCUACCUCUCCCUUGAAGGCGGCGGAGCCGAUCUGGAGACCAAGUGCUCCGUCGUCAGUGACGUGCUCACAAUCUUCCACCAGGUCCCGAAGUCGUAUUUGAGGGCCAUCAGCACGCCCCUCAUCUACCAUAUCGGCGGCAUCGGCAUUAUUCUGGGUUCGGUGAUGGAGGGCCCCCUGUCCGAGAGCUCGUGCCGACGAGUAAGAGAUCUUUUACUCUCCAUGGCUGACUUGUUGGAGAGCCUUGAAUCGUUUCUCCACCGGAACGCCGGGGCAGGGCGCAAGCUCCGGGACCUGGUGGCACGCUUGGAAGAGUACAUGGAGGACAGGGGGGACCAGCGGCUCGUCCAGACUCACGACGGCACCGAACCCGCUGGGCCGUCUUUUCAAGACGUUCCUCCCCCCCCUGAGAACGGCUGGGGUGAGACCGCGAUGCCAGACCUGUCACCUCAGUUUCAGCUGCCUGAUGAGUUUUUUCGAGACUGGACCUGGCCUUUUGCCAUGUCGAACACAUAUCUAUCAUUUUGA